UUUCAAUUCUUGGUUAUGACACAUCAUAAUAGUUUUUCCCCUUCUGGGGAAUUCACGAUGAAAAUUGCGUAUGAGCUUAUUGUUGAGAUUGACAAGCAAGCCCAUUAUCGCCUGGUUCGAAAGACUAUUUGGCGAGCCCCAGUUACACGAAGAAUGCAACCCUUCUUGUGGCUAGCUAAUAACCAGCAUAUCCUUACCGACGCUGAGCGAAAGCGACGCCAUCUAACGCAAAGGAAAGUAUGUCCGACAUGUGGAGGAGGGCCGGAGACGAUACUCUAUGUGCUAAGAGUCUGUAGUUAUGCUCGAGCGGUUUGGUCAGACUUCCUCGAAGGUGAACUGGACGCUGACUUCUUUCAAGAGGAUCUGACCACAUGGAUUUUUCACUAUAUGGCGAGGCGCAACUCCAUCAUAGAUAUCCCACUCUUUGCAAGUACUUGCUGGCUCCUGUGGAAGAAUCAGAUUAGAACAAUCAUCAGUUCGAAGGUAAACUUGAAACUAGUACACAGUUUCAGUUCGAGUCUAGACAACUAAAGAAACAAACUAUUGAGGCUUUUGAGAAGAGUAGAAGCAUCUUUGGCAGGGAGAGAGCGUCGCAGAGCAGCAUGAUUCAUUGGCGUCACCAUCGCUUGGAUGGACUCGCUUGAACACUGAUGGGUAAGUCAACCAUGCCUCACCGAGCACGACAGCAGGAGGAAUUGUCCGAGAAGAUGAUAGUCUUUUCCUUAAAGCGUUCUCAGUGAUGGAACCUUGGGGGAGGUUCCAUCGCUCAUGCAUAAUUGACUGGAUUUGUGCAUGGUCUCAAGAUUUUCUGAGAACCGGGAGUUAGGAAGGUUAUUCUACAGACUAAUUCACAGACAACUCUCAGCCUCAUCUAGUUCGCGCCGCCCACAAAUCCGCACACAGUAUGAAUUAGAUAAUUCAAAAUCUAAUUUAUUUCUAAAAUAUCAUUUUUUUUAAAAAAUAACAAAUAAAUCUCUUGUUGCUUCCACUGCAUGAUUUAAUUUUUAAAAGUAACAAACGAUGACGAGAGUGGUUACUGUGCUGAGGUUAGGACUCUAAUAAUCUCCGUUAUAUAUCCCCUUUCGCGGCGGAGGAGAGGAGAGCCCCUUAUUUUUUUCACACAGCCCCAAAAUAUCAGGAUAACCUUUCCGAGCCGAAUCCCUCUCCCACUCCCUUCCUCCAUUGCAGCUCCGAUGGCGAUUUCUUCCUCAGGCAUCUCCUCCACCUUCUUCUCCGCCCACGCGGUUCCCUUUCUCGCCUCAUCCGCCGCCUCUUCCCCUUCUUCUAUCCGCCUUCUCGCCGCCGCUCCCACGCUCCCUAACCAUCGGUUCGUCCACACCGUCACCUGCGCCACGGCGUCUCCCAAGCCGGCGGCCGGCACUCGCCAGCCUCGUGGCAUCAUGAAACCCCGUCCCGUUUCUCCCGAGAUGGCGGAGCUUGUUGGCUCCCCUGAAAUCUCCCGGACCCAGGCUCUCAAGCUCAUCUGGGCUCACAUUAAGGAGCACAAUCUCCAGGAUCCUGAAAACAAGAAGAUCAUAAAAUGUGACGAGAAGCUGAAGAAGAUAUUUGCAGGGAAAGAUCAGGUUGGAUUUCUGGAGAUCGCUGGCUUAAUUAGCCCACACUUUGUCAAAUGAAACAUGGGGGGCAUUGUUGGAUCCAGAAUCAAAGCAGAGGCCAGUUUUUGGGGCGGAGACUUGAAAGAUCAUUUUGCGUGGCAGUUUCACAGAUGGUGUAGCACUUACUAGUUUCUUUAGAAUUGUGGAAGGGCGACUAGUUUUUUUCUCUUAUUUUGUUCCUGAGGAGCCCCAUGUGGAUUAUUGAACUUGUAGGUUUUUCUUGCUCUGCUGGUAGUUGGUCUCGUUGAAAACUUGUUAGCAAGAUCUAUAACAAGGCUGUGGCAUGCGUCAGUCGCUUGUUUGUUAUGUUACUAUGCAGAAAAGCAAAUGCUUUUCAGCAACUGCUUGGGCAAGUUUGUCUGGAACCGGAUUUUUUGCUUUCCACAGAUUGCUUAGUCAGUGCUAGUGAUUAGCAACGGUUUGGUUCGUAUUCGAUCGCAGCGGAUCGAAAUGAUACUUGGAUUGGACUAAACCGAAACUUGUAUCGGACUAUAUCAAACUGAAUAUAAUGUGGAAUCAUCCUUGAUCACUUGAAUUUUAUAAAUAUUGAAGAAAAUGGGCAGAAUUAACUUUUAGAUUGGACCAAACCGAAUCAAAUACGAUCGAAUACAAUGUUGGGCUAGUCCUUGGUUCGAAAUGUCUUUUGCUUAUUUUUCAAUUUCAGUUCUUUUCAAUUUUGGUUCCCUUCCGGAUCUAGGCUCCACCCCCAAAAUCUCAAUCAGCCUAAAAUCCAUAAUCGCUUCAAAUUAUAGGGUAUUUUAAAUUAGAGUUCGUAUACUUAAUUACUUACUAAUAAUUUGAUUAUGUCUAUGAAUUAUGGUUUAGGAGUUUACUAUUUUGGGUUAGGGUUUAGGAAUAGAUUCCAUGAUUUAUUUAUAUAUUGUUUGUACAAUACAUAAGGCGAAAGCGAUAGAUUUAGCUACACCUUCGUUAUCAAAAUUUUCUGUACAUUAAAAUAUACAAUUUUGUAUUGUUGUUUGGUUGGAUUUCAAUGAUGGACCGAAUGACUUUUAACGGAUGGAGAUGAAACCAUAUAAACCAUUAAUUGGACUAGUCCACUUCAACUUGAGCAGUGGUGGAUCUAGGGUUGCGUGGAAGAGCUAGUAUAGUACUAAUUAUUUUCUCGAUUUAGGUAUUCGGCCCGACACUAUUUAAAAGUUGGUAUAGUGUUAUUUCAUAAUAAUAUUUUUGUGCAACUAGAUAUUCCGCCCAAUGCUAAAUUUAGUGUACAACUACACUAAAUUUAGCCCAUAAAUUCUAGCCAAUGAUUUUCAUUUGAAGAAUUAAAAACAAUGAAACCUAAAAGACUAAAAGUAUAAAGUAUCACUGAAAUAAAAUAAAAUAAAAACUCUAAACUAAAGCUUACUCUUCCAUGUCAAAACUCAAAAAAUUAUCCAAUCCCCCCAAAACAAAAUAUGAGCAAGGAGACGAACGAACCCGAAAUGAAUUCCUCUGCCAGUCAUUAUUUAGAUUGCUUCAGUUGGGAAAAUAUUUUACAAACUUGUUGAGUCAUCAUUUGAUUGAUUCAGUUGUGUAGAGCAUUAGAACCUAAAAGUUAUUUUUGGUCUUUGAUAAACAAAAUAUUAACAACUUGCUCAAGAGUUUAGCCUCGAGACUUUGAAGGCUAUAAAAUGCAUUCUUUAAAGAAUGAGCUACGAUAUUAUGCCGCUAGUGUGGUUCAUAGUCAGGAAUUUGAAAUUUCUUCCCUUGCUAAAUUACUAGAGAAACUGGUGGAAAUAGAGAUGGACACACAAUACAAAUUGAUUUGUCGGUUGAUUGAGCUAGUAUUGACUUUUCCGUUUCAACAGCUACUACAGAGAGAAUAUUUUCAUCAAUGAAACAUAUGAAAACUUAUUUGCACAACUAAAUAAGCAAUAAGUUUCUUGUUGAUUAAGUAACUAUAUUUUUUUUAGAGAGAGAGUAUUUGAAUUUAUGAUUUAGUCUAUUAUUAUAUGUCGUAUAUUUAUAAUAUUUUUAUUUAUAAUAUUUUUAUUUAUAAAAUAAUGAUUCAUUA